AUGGCCUUGGCCACAGCCGCGGAGGCGCGGACGCGCGACGAUCUACAGCGCCUGCAACAAACGUGGAAGACUGGCUUGCAGGACGCCCAGCGCGAAACCCAGGAAGCCCGGGACCAAGCUCGCCAACUCCAAGUGGCCCUGGAGCAAGAACGACAGCACGGCAUCAAGCUGCAACAGCAACUCGACCAAGCACAGGUCUCCGCCACCCGUCAGCAAAGCCGUGCCCGUAUCGAACUUGAGCAGCAGCUCGUUGAUCUGGAGCAACGCUGCCGCGAUCUCACCUUGGAUCGCGAUGUGUGGCGGGACAAAGCCCAAAGCCUAGAACGCGAGCUUCAUGCCCAGUUGGCUCAACGCGCCUCCCGCCGAGACGCCGCCGAAGCCAACGAUGCCACACGCUCAUCAACGACAAACACCCAGGUUGGAGCAGAGGCUGAAACGUCGCACGAUGUGCUCCGCCAACGCAUCAAGCACCUGGAAAGCUCAGCCCGCACUCUGGCCAGCCGCGUGGGUCAGCUCGAAGCUGAAAAGGACAAUGCCGUGCGCGAGCGUAAUCACCUCCUUGAUGAGGCACAUGAGGUCAAUGCCUACCUUGAACGCCUCAAGGCCGACCUGGCUCACGCCCAAGCCUCGUCGAGCACCCAUCGCACCGAUGGCCACCCUACCCAAAGCUCGUACCCUCAUGCCUCUCUUCUGAACCAGUUUGGGGCCGACGCCGACACCCGUGCACAGAUAUCAAUGCUCGAGUCUAGCCUUCAAAAGGCGCUCGACCAGCGCGACCGCGCGCGACAGGACGUGAGCUCACUACAGCAUGACCUGACAGCAUUACGCCACGCCCACGAACGCCUCCGAGGCAAGGCUGCCGAUGACAUUCAGAGCGCUCGCCAGCAAGCCUCUUCCUCAACCCGCCAGUUGGAAAGGCGCCUUACUCGCUUACAGGGGACCGGUGAGACCCAGGCUGCCGCACUUGACGCCUUGCAGGGUGAAAACCGCCGCCUUCAAUCCCAGCUCCAAACCCUGAGUACGACAAACGCCCAACAGAGCGCCAAGGGGCCGACGGCUCUGAUCACCAACCAUGACGCUGCCCUCUCCGUCCUUUUUAUGCUCGGCAAGGACCGGCAUCUGGAUGCGCUUGAAGACGCCAUCGAUGCCGCCACCCAGCUGUUGGACCAGAUUGCGGCCUAUUGCCAGCAACCCCGUGCCCGCCCCAACCAGAUAUAUGACGCCGUCACCCUGCUUCUAGGGCAACUUGAGGCCCUUCACGCUCUGCCUGAGGAUUGGUCUGAACACCGCACGGAACUGGGCCUGCGCUUUUAUGCCGAUGACCAAGCCCGACAGACAUCGUGGCUUCACCCGGUCCAUAGCGCAGAGGAAGCCAACCAUCUCCUCGGCAGCGACCCCUUUUAUCCGUACAAUCUGGACGCUGACGCAGGCUCACCCGGCUGGUCUGGCGCCCCCACAUCUAUUCGCGGCCCCUUGUACUCGUACGCUCCGCCGAGCACGCGCAGCCGUACUCGACCCGGCCCUGCACGAGCUAGUACACGCUAUGCCUUCACCGUUAGAUCCGCCGAACCCCUCUACGAUCGCGCACGUCCCGAAACGACCUCACUGCAAAGCCGUGAGCCCGAUUAUGCCCCCCACACUGGCGCCAAUCCGUAUCCCACCUUCUCCCGUGAUGGCGGCUCAAGCCUCUACGACCGCGCUGCUCCCACGGCCAUCACGCGCAAUGGGCGUGCCUCGACUUUGCGCAAGCUCGAUGCAGCCAAGCGGCGUCGCAAUAGGUAUCUUCAUGAGCAGGCAGAAUAA